CAGGGAAGUUCCAGGAAAGAACCCCAUGCCCACUCCAACCAGGUCACAAUGGCUGGAGCUCUGAAGGGCCCAGGACCCCUGAGCCAGGAGGAGAGGAGGAAGUCCCAGGAAAGAUGGCUGGCAGUCACCCCUACUUCAACCUGCCUGACUUCACCCAGCCAUCGCCGCCCUCCACACCACCCAGCCUCCCCUCACAUCAGCGCUGCAGGCCCUCUGAUACCACCAAGGGCCUGCUCGUGGCCCUGCUGGGUGGGGGCCUGCCUGCUGGCUUCGUGGGACCCUUCUCCCGUAUGGCUUACCAGUCUUCCCACUUGCCCUCGCUGGAGCUGCUCAUCUACCGAUGCCUCUUCCACCUCCCCAUUGCCCUGCUACUUAAACUGCGCGGUGACCCACUAUUGGGACCUCCUGACGUUCGAGGCCGGGCCUGCCUCCACGCCGUGCUCAACAUUCUCAGCAUUGGAUGUGCCUACAGUGCAGUGCAGGUGGUGCCUGCUGGCAAUGCCGCCACCGUCCGCAAAGGUGCCUCCACCGUCUGCUCUGCUCUCCUUGCUCUCUGCCUCGAGAGCCAGGGUCUCAGCGGCUACGACUGGUGUGGCUUGUUGGGCAGCACCCUAGGACUCAUCAUCAUUGUGGGACCGGGGCUAGGAACGCUGCAGGAGGGAACCACGGGCCUCUAUACCGCCAUGGGCUAUGUGCUGGCUUUCCUGGGAGGCCUUGCGCUGUCUCUGGGACUUCUGGUUUAUCGCUCCCUGAACUUCCCCUCCUGCCUACCGACAGUGGCCUUCCUUUUUGGCCUAGUGGGGCUGGUGGGUGCUGUGCCGGGCCUCUUUUUGCUGCAGACCCCCGUCCUGCCCAAUGACCCUUUGAGUUGGAGUUGUGUGGUGGCAGUGGGGGUCCUCGCCCUGGUCUCCUUUGUGUGCGUCAGCUAUGCAGUCACUAAGGCCCACCCUGCCCUGGUGUGUGCCGUCCUACACUCUGAGGUGGUGGUGGCCCUGAUGCUGCAGUACUAUGUGCUCUAUGAGACAGUGGCACCUUCUGACAUCAUGGGGGCAGGGGUCGUGUUGGGCAGCAUUGCCAUCAUCACCGCCCAGAACCUCAGCUGUGAGAAGGAGAAGGAGGAGGAGGACUGAGAUCAAACUUGAGAGCCUGGGGAUAGGGGUGGGGGCAGGGUAAAGAGA